UUCAUCAUACCAAUGUCAUUUAUCAAACAACGGUAAUUGAUCGUACAGAUUACGGAAGAAUUCGUAAAUUAGAAACCCAAUUAUCUGAAAUGACAAAAAAUAGAGACGAAUGGAAAAAACAAUCUAAAGAAUGUGAAAAACAUAAAAAAGAAGUAGAAGAUAAAAUUACCGAAAUUAUGAUAACUCAUCUCAACAUAAGUAGAAUUGAAAUUGAAAAAUUAACUGACAUUGGAAAAUUAGACACAAUCUUAAACUUCAUAAAACAAGAAGUAAAAGAAUGUUUAAGAUUACUUGGAAUCCCUUUUCAAACUGGUGAUAGUUUGAUCUCUAUGCUUAAAAAUUUAGUAAAAGCCUGUGAAGAAAUUGGAAUAACCGGUCCUGUUCAAACGAUAUUAUUAAGAUGUCUAAAAAUGUUGGAUCCUAAAACUAAAAUAAAUGAUCCUAAAUCGUUUAAUAGAAAAUUAGGAAAUGGAAGUAUGGAUGCUUUAGUGAAAGCUUGUUAUGAAAACAGUCAAGAUAUUUUGAACAAAGAAUAA